AUGGAAACAUUAAUUGAGAAAAAAAAUUGCCUAUUACCAUACCAAGAAUUAGUCAUUUGCAUUAAGCAAACAGCAUAACAAUCUAAUCCCAGUAAAAGACCUUCAUAUACAGUUUUAUGUUAAGUAAUUAAACAAAUAUAUCGUUAGUAAUAAUUUUAGAAAUUAGGUUAAUGUGUAGUGAAGGAGGAGAAAUGA